GAAACAAGGAUUCCGUGUGCAUCCUUCUCUAAAUCAGUGCCAGGACCAACGAUGUUCCAACUUGGGAGCCUUGUUGUCUUGUGUGGUCUGAUCUUUGGCACCUCAGGAUCACUUUUGAGUAAUCUUGGCAGUGCCGUGAAUAAUUUGAACAUUCUGGGUUCUCUGCCAGAGAUGAUUCUGAACUCUGUCUCUGGAGCUUUCCCUGAGAACCUGAACCUGGAUGUGGAGUCACUUCAGAAAACCACCAGCUGGCCAUCUGCCAAGGACAACAUUCUGGGAGCUUUGAAUGGGCUGGACUUUAGCAAAUUAAAUCCUAUUUCAUCUCAGAAUAAAUUAGGGUUGCGAAUCGAUGAACUCAAAAUCCUGGACUUGCAAGCUAGCCCAUCUCCUGAUGGCCAAGGCAUCAACCUGAAGCUGCCUGUGUCCUUGAAAGCUGCUGUGGAUCUGCCUAUCGGCUCCACUCUUGACAUUGCUCUUUCCAUGGAUCUCAUUUCUUCACUCACUGUUCAAUCCAAUCCUGAGACCGGUGUUUCCAUGGUGAACAUAGAGCAAUGCUCUAUGGGUACAGACAAAAUCUCCAUUUCCUUGUUGGGCAGACAAAUUUCCCUUACCCAUACCAUUCUGGAUGGUGCAACUAGCCACCUGAUAGACAUGCUGUCAUCCCUGCUUGAGAACCAAAUAUGUCCACUGGUCGAGUAUAUCCUCAGCCUCCUGAAUGCAAAUAUUCUUCAGGACCUCAUCUCUAAUCAACUGACAGGACAGUCAUCAGUAGCCAUAUGAAGAAGGAGCAGAAUGAGGAUGCCAUGAUGCUGCCAGAAGGUUAGUCACCAGUGCUUCCUCUUAAUCUCUGUGGCAUUUAUCUCCAGAAAGCGCUACUGUCAUCUACAGAGAGAUCACCUAAGAACAUCUGAAGAACCCUCCCACACUUCCUUCUUAUGUCAGCAGACUCCACAGCUGUUGUCACCACCCCAGCAUUAAAAUCCUAACUGCA